AUGCGUUCUCUUCUCGCCGUUCUCCUUCUCCUCGCCCUCGUUUUCGCACUGAACACUGUUGAGACGAAGACCGCGUCGAGACAUUUCCAGCCGAAAUACUUCCGUUAUCGUCGCUGGGAUCCGACUCACGAUUUCUACGACGACUAUGAGGUACGCUUCUUCCAAACCUUCUGACGUGUUCAGAAAAGAACAAUUACGGGGGAUAAUAGGGGGGUCCACUUUGUCUGAGUGUACCAUUUCCGUUGACGUCACUCACGCCCAUUUUCAACAUCAUCAAUCAAAAGCAAAUCUGGCGUUUUAAGCUUAGAAGAAGUCAGAGACCACGUACUUCUCACGCCCACCCAUAAAACAAAUUCUAGAACCUUCUGAUGAACUUUUUGCCACGCAACCCGCUCAAAUUUUCAGUUCACCCGCGAAGUGCGCCGUCCGUUCCAUCCGAUGGCCUACCGUCAACGCCUUCAGAGCUAA